AUGACCAGCCCAAACAAAAAAGACAUCAUCACUUUCAUGGAUGCUGAAUGGUACAAUGCUGCAGCUGAAGGCCAAAUUGACAAAUUCAGGGAUUACACAGAGUCUCUAGAUCUUUUGCGUACCCCAAACAAAAAUACAGUCCUAGAUGUUUGCAUCGUAGCAGUAAAAAAGGAAACGGAAGAAUCCAUUGAAUUUGUAAAACUAGUUAUCAGCAAAUGUCCAUCGCCGCUAUCUGAGCCCAACAUCAAAGGCGAAACUCCGCUGCACAUUGCAGCAAGGUUCGGGCACAAAAAUAUAGUUGAAUUUCUUAUUCAUAGCAUCAAGAAGGCUCAAUACGAAGACCUUGAGAGAGGCGCAGAGGCGUCAACGAGUGCUAAGAUGCUGAAGAAGACAAGCACAGAUGAAGACACAGCCUUACAUGAGGCAGUGAGAAAUAAUCAUCCUCAAGUGGUGGAAAUAUUGAUUAGAGAAAAUCCUGAAUUUGCGAACAUAGCUAAUGCCGCCCGAGAAAGCCCGCUGUACCUUGCAGCGGUGAGAGAGAACAAAAUCAUUGCCUCUAAGAUAUUGGAGAUAUGUCCCUCACCAGCAUACAGCGGUCCCAAUGGUAAAACAGCUUUGCACGAAGCCGUUAGAAGUAAAGAUGAAGUUAUUUACAAUUUCAUCCCUUAG